UUCGACCCUCCCUGUGACAUCACAGUUCAUAGUUUAAUAAAGGGGGCUUUGAAAAUGCAGCAGCACCACUCUCCAGAGACCACAGGUUAUCUCGUCUCCUGCCUGUUCCUUGCUCCUCCGACCCUUCAGAAUGGGAGACUUCAGUGCUGAUCAGAUGGACUACUUCAAAGAGGCCUUUGGGCUCUUUGACAGGGUUGGCGACAACAAGAUUGCUUACAACCAGGUGGCUGAUGUCAUGCGCGCUUUGGGACAGAAUCCCACAAACAAGGAUGUGGUUAAGGUUCUUGGCAGCCCAUCUGCAGAAGAUAUGACCAACAAGAGAAUUGAUUUUGAUGCCUUUAUGCCCCUGCUGAAGACUGUGGAUGCCAUUCAGAAGGGAGCUUAUGAUGACUACGUUGAGGGUCUGCGUGUCUUUGAUAAGGAGGGUAACGGCACAGUCAUGGGUGCUGAGCUGCGCAUCGUACUCUCAACACUUGGGGAGAAGAUGACUGGGACAGAGGUUGAUUCCCUUAUGCAGGGACAGGAAGACGAUAAUGGCUCUGUGAACUAUGAAUCUUUUGUGAAGGCCAUCAUGUCUGUGUAAGACCAGCUGGAGUGGUGUGGAAUCCAAAAUAUAUCUGCAGACCCCAUGGUGUCAAGACAUCCACUCACAAUUUUUAAGACCAACCAAAGAAUGAAAGGGACUAUGGGAUGUCAUGUCAUAACCUCCCUACUUUCUGAUCUUUUCAUGACACGUUUUUUCCCUGUUCUCUCUGGAAGUUCUCCUUGCCACAGCCCCUCAAUCCCCUGCUAGUGAACCUUUUCACAGGGGGCUGGAGUGUGGGAUGGAGGAUGUUGACCACUCACUAAGCGAGGGUCACUCCUUCCACUUUUCCUACUAGCACACUCCUCACUGCCUUCUCAAGCCCACACUAUCCAGAAAUGCCUAAGGCAUUCUUAAAAGAAACUGUGGACCGGUUGAUGAAAUCUUCCCCCCUGAAAAUAGUUUCACGUCAACAUUUCACAAAAUAAAUUAUUCAAAUCGGUAAUCCCCA